CUGACAACAUUUUUUCCAAAUUUUUUCCUCAGUCCUCCUCUCUCUCUCUCCCUCUCUCUGGAUCACUGUCAUCUUCUAUCUUCUCUCUCCAGAAGAACAUUCUCUGAGACAUCCAUUAUCCCCAAGAUAUAGCUUUUCUAAUCCCCUUCGAUUCCCCAACGGACGGCCACGAUCUAGAGAGAGAGAGAGAGGGAGAGAAUCGCCGUCACAGAGGCGUCCUCUCGGUUGGAUCUGCGCGGAGAUGGCGUUGUCCGGCAUGAGAGGUCUCUCUGUUUUCAUCAGCGACAUUCGCAAUUGCCAGAACAAAGAACAAGAACGCCUUCGUGUCGAUAAAGAGCUCGGCAAUAUCCGUAACCGCUUCAAAAACGAAAAGGGUUUGUCGCCUUAUGAAAAGAAGAAAUAUGUCUGGAAAAUGCUUUACAUCUUUAUGCUUGGUUAUGAUGUUGAUUUUGGUCACAUGGAAGCUGUUUCUUUAAUAUCUGCACCAAAGUAUCCAGAAAAGCAGGUUGGGUACAUAGUGACAUCAUGUUUGCUCAAUGAGAAUCAUGAUUUUUUGAGAUUAGCAAUUAAUACCGUCCGCAACGAUAUUAUUGGUCGGAAUGAAACUUUUCAGUGCCUGGCAUUGACUUUGGUUGGUAAUAUUGGUGGGAAAGAUUUUUCUGAAUCAUUAGCACCCGAUGUUCAGAAGUUACUUAUUUCCAGUAGUUGCAGACCACUUGUGAGAAAGAAGGCUGCUUUGUGUCUCCUUCGCCUGUACAGGAAAAACCCUGAUGUUGUCAAUGUAGAUGGCUGGUCAGAUCGAAUGGCACAGCUGUUAGAUGAGCGUGAUCUGGGUGUUUUGACAUCUUCUAUUAGCCUUCUUGUUGCUCUAGUGGCAAAUAAUCACGAUGCCUAUUGGAGUAGUCUUCCAAAAUGUGUGAAAAUAUUGGAAAGGCUUGCUAGGAACCAGGAUGUUCCACAAGAAUACACUUACUAUGGUAUCCCAUCUCCCUGGCUUCAGGUUAAGACAAUGAGGGCUCUUCAAUAUUUUCCCACAAUCGAAGAUCCAAACACUAGAAGAUCAUUGUUUGAGGUUUUACAACGGAUACUAAUGGGAACCGAUGUUGUGAAAAAUGUUAACAAAAACAAUGCAUCACAUGCUGUUCUCUUUGAAGCUCUUGCUCUUGUCAUGCAUCUUGAUGCUGAAAAAGAAAUGAUGUCUCAGUGUGUUGCCUUGCUUGGCAAAUUUAUUGCUGUUCGUGAGCCAAAUAUUCGAUAUCUUGGUUUGGAAAAUAUGACCAGGAUGCUGUUGGUUACAGAUGUUCAGGACAUUAUCAAAAGGCAUCAAUCCCAGAUCAUCACCUCAUUGAAGGAUCCAGACAUCAGUAUUCGGAGACGUGCUCUUGAUCUGUUAUAUGGCAUGUGUGAUGUUUCAAAUGCAAAGGAUAUAGUUGAAGAAUUAUUGCAGUAUCUCAGCACAGCUGACUUUGCAAUGCGUGAAGAAUUGUCACUAAAAGCUGCUAUUCUAGCAGAGAAGUUUGCCCCUGACUUAUCAUGGUACGUGGAUGUGAUUCUUCAGUUGAUUGACAAAGCAGGAGAUUUUGUCAGUGAUGACAUUUGGUUUCGUGUUGUGCAGUUUGUUACAAACAAUGAGGACCUACAGCCUUAUGCAGCAGUAAAAGCCAGAGAGUAUAUUGAUAAGCCGGCCACACAUGAGACAAUGGUCAAGGUCAGUGCUUAUAUCCUUGGAGAAUACAGCCACCUUCUGGCCAGACGGCCUGGAUGUAGUCCAAAGGAAAUUUUUAAUAUCAUACAUGAGAAGCUGCCAACUGUUUCGACUUCUACGAUUCCCAUUCUUCUUUCAACAUAUGCUAAGAUUUUAAUGCACACUCAACCCCCAGAUCCAGAAUUACAGAAUCAAAUAUGGGCAAUUUUCCACAAAUAUGAGAGUUGUAUUGAGGUUGAGAUACAGCAAAGAGCUGUUGAAUAUUUUGAAUUGAGUAGAAAAGGUGAAGCUUUAAUGGAUAUAAUGGCUGAAAUGCCUAAAUUCCCCGAGCGCCAGUCCGCAUUGAUAAAAAAAGCUGAAGAUACUGAAGCUGAUACUGCGGAGCAAAGUGCGCUUAGGUUGCGGGCACAGCAACAGACUUCUAACGCUUUGGUAGUGACUGACCAACGCCCUGCCAACGGAACACCACCUGUGAGCCAAAUUGGUCUGGUAAAGGUGCCUAGCAUGAGCAAUGUGGAUCAUAAUUUAUCAUAUCAAGGGGUGACCCAGGAAAAUGGAACUCUGAGCAUGGUGGAUCCUCAACCUCCUGAGCCUUCACCUGAUCUCCUUGGUGAUCUCUUGGGUCCAUUGGCUAUUGAAGGACCCCCUGGUGCUGCUUCGCAAUCCGAGCAUAAUUUGGUCCCUGGAGCAGAAGGUGCUCCAAAUGCGGAAGAUGCUCUAGCGAUUGCACCUGUUGAAGAGCAGAUAAAUACUGUCCAGCCAAUAGGAAAUAUUGCUGAAAGAUUUCAUGCUUUAUGCCUGAAGGAUAGCGGUGUAUUAUACGAGGAUCCUUAUAUUCAGAUUGGCAUUAAAGCAGAGUGGCAAGCCCAUCAUGGCCGACUUGUUCUUUUCUUGGGAAACAAGAAUACUGCUCCCCUUGUUUCAGUUCAAGCUCUAAUAUUACCUCCUUCCCAUCUGAAGAUAGAACUCUCAUUGGUACCUGAAGUUAUUCCUCCACGGGCACAGGUGCAAUGCCCACUUGAAUUUAUCAACCUCCGACCAAGUAGGGACGUAGCUGUUCUUGACUUCUCCUACAAGUUUGGCACUCAUGUCAAUGUCAAACUUCGCCUUCCUGCUGUCUUCAAUAAAUUUCUUCAGCCUGUAACAGUGUCUGCUGAAGAGUUCUUCCCGCAGUGGAGAUCCCUUGCUGGACCACCUUUGAAACUUCAAGAAGUGGUUAGAGGUGUAAGACCAAUGUCUCUUGCAGAAAUGGCAAAUUUAUUUUACAAUUUCCGGUUGAUGAUCUGUCCUGGGCUUGAUCCAAAUGCAAAUAAUUUGGUUGCAAGCACUACUUUUUUUUCAGAGAGUACAAGGGCCAUGUUGUGUUUGAUAAGAAUUGAAACAGACCCAGCAGACAGAACACAGCUGCGUAUGACAGUUGCCUCAGGGGACCCUACACUAACAUAUGAGUUAAAAGAAUUCAUCAAGGAACAAUUGGUUACCAUUCCAACAGUUUCCUGGUCACCAGCACCAGCACCUCCACAAGCUCAACCAACUAGUGCCCCAACAGCAUUAUCAGAUCCUGGGGCUCUGCUUGCCGGUUUGCUUCACUAAAGUGGAUGCAAUCAAUUGAAGAAUUUUUAACCACACCUGUAAAAUCUUCCACCAAUUAUCCCGUACAAGUCAAAGAAGUGAGCAAGAAACAAAAAUGAUGCGGAGGGCUAGCGGAAUUUAAUGGUGAGCUUAAGUGUGAUCCGGCUUGAGUGUUUCAAGUUGGAUUUCUAAGGGGAAUGGGUCAGGCAUUCAAGAUUAGGUUCUUUCUGCACAAUCAUAUUGUGGCUUGUGAGUUUUCCUCUUUUGGGAUUAGGGUUUGCUUUUUUUGCUUUUCAGUUCUGUUACCUUUCCAUCCUUUUAUUUUUUAUUUUAUAUAUAUAUAUAUAUAUUUAAUUAAUAUAGUGAGGUUUUAUUGGGUUGGUUUUUGUAAUAUGAAUAGCUUAAGGGAGCAGUUGAAUGUAGGACCAAUUGUAAAAA